GUGUGUUUACACAGGAAUACAUCGAACCAAAAAGUUUUGUGGUGGAGUACAGGGGAGUUUUGUCCCUGAGUGUAGGAGCAGAUGACAAAAGCAAAUAUAUAUUCGAUUUCAUGUGGAAUGGGAAGCGCUACUGCAUAGAUGCUUCAAAAGAGGAUGGAACACUGGGACGACUAGUGAAUGAUGAUCACAUACAGCCCAACUGUAAAGUCAAAAGAAUAAUGGUCCAAGGAAAGCCACACUUGUGUCUUUUUGCUGUCAAGGAAAUCUUUCCAGGCGAGGAGAUCACAUAUAACUAUGGCGAUUCCUCUUGGCCAUGGCGCUCAAUGGCACCCGGUGAAGAACAGUCUCACCCGAAGUUGAGAGGAAGUGAGCCAGGCUCAGAAAAGUCACAGGAGGUGUGCAGCGGUCGUGAUUUGAUGACAGAGGUCAGGGCAGCUCCGUCAACAUUAAAGGAUGACAUUGUAAGUUGACAGUAUUCUUGUAAUAUCAUGAUUUUACUUCUAGACAUAAUACUGUUUUGUUUGAUCUUAUGACUGUGCUCAGAAGUCUUCACACUUUUGAAUGUUGUACACUACAUGUACCUGCCACAGCACAGGACUGUCAGGACAAAGUGUCCUGUAAGGACAGUAGGAAUUGGGUUUG